AUGACUCUCUUAUUACAGGCCAGUGUAAUCCUGUGGGAUUUCAAAAAACUAAAUAUUUUGUUACAAUAUGAAUCACACAAAGUACGUGUAGAAGCAGUUGUUUUCUCAAGUUGUGAUACCUACCUCAUCUCUCUUGGAGGACCAGAUGAUAGUAAUAUUGUUUUAUGGAACAUUGAAGUCAAAGAGGCUCUUUGUGGCAGCUACGCAUCAGACCGAACAUCGGGGGAUGCUGUCACAUUGUCUCCUAUGAAUCUCAGAGGGCCCUGUUUUAUGACAGGUGGUGAAUGUACACUCAAAGUAUGGACUUUGAAUGUUUUAGACCGAAACCUCCGCAGUAUGAAUGUGUCACUUGGCAAAAUCAAACGGAUUAUAACUUGUAUUGAGAUUGACUACAGAGAUGAGUUUGCCUACUGUGGAACAAGUACUGGUGAUAUAGUGAAAGUAAAAUUGAAUUAUUCACAUGAUAUCAAUAUUUUAGAUCCAAUUGUAAAACCAGUAUUGAUUGGUUGCUUUGCUAAAUUUCCCAAGAAAAUAUCAUCCAAGCAACCUCUUGAAGCUGAGAGGUACAGUCAAGGUGUUGGGGCAAUUUUGCUUCUAGAUGAUGACAGUAUCAUAGUUGGAGCUGGAGAUGGGACUGUGGACAUGGUCAGGGAGCGAGAUGUUAGUCCUGACAGUCUGAUACAAAAAAGGACAGGAAAAUUGAUCAAUCCAUCUCUUCCAAUGUUGAUUAUGAUUAGAUCCGUUCAUGUGGGCUCAACAGUUACAUCAGCUCAAAAACUAGGAGAUGAACUUCUAAUUGGAACAAUUCAAUGUGAACUUUAUGUUAUUAACAUGAAAACAUUUUCUGUCAAACUAAUGGCCACAUGUCACACCUCUACAAUUUACGACAUCGCAUUUCCUAGUCAAUACUCUGAUGUGUUUGCAACUGCAAGCAAAGAUGAUGUUCGUGUAUGGAGUGUACAAACUUCUCAAGAGCUGUUGCGCAUUUCUGUUCCUAACUUUACCUGUUCUGGAGUGAUAUUUACACAUGAUGGAAAAGCAAUCAUUACUUCUUGGAAUGAUGGGACUAUCAGAGCAUUCACUCCUCAAUCAGGACGCCUAAUUUUCACCAUACUGAGUGCUCACAAUAAAGGUGUGUCAGCCAUCGCAAUUACUACAGACAACUGCAAGAUUAUCAGUGGUGGUGGGGAAGGACAGGUUAGAGUGUGGGAUGUGAAACCAUCCAUGCAGACACUCCAGUUUGUGCUGAAGGAACACAAAGGUCCUGUCUCUUCAAUAGACGUCAGCAAUACCAACAAAGAGGCAGUGACAGCCAGCACUGAUGGAACAUGCAUCAUUUGGAAUAUUGAAAGUGGCUCAAGACUGGCCAUUCUCUUCUCCUCAACUUUGUUCAUGUGUGUGCGCUACCACCCUAGUAGUUGCCAAGUAAUCACUUGUGGAACAAACAGAAUGAUUGGUUACUGGGAAAUAUUUGAUGGCUCUCUCAUAAGAGAAGUAGAAGGUUCAAAAUCGUCAGCUCUCAACACACUUGAUAUUACAGCAAAUGGAAAACACUUUGCUACUGGAGGAAGUGAUCAAAUUAUUAAG